AUGUUUCACAUCUCUUUGUUGGUCCCAACAUUGGUGAACGGUCUCAUGCAAAAUCUAGGAUAUAAAAACAAAACAGUUGCUAUUAAGAUUGUUAAAAAAGGAGAAUCUUCUGAAGAGAUUGCAAAAAGAGAGAGCAAAGAGUUCAUUGGAGUUUGCAAAGAACCAAGAAUGAUUAUAGUCACUGAAAUUUUACUUGGAGGUCGUUUGGACACAUAUUUAGCUGUUGGGUUUGCUCUUGACAUUCCUCGUGCAAAGGAAUGCUUACACUCUCUAAUGGUGUUAUUCAUCGUGAUCUCAAACCUG